ACAUGUCACUUGAUGACAUGUACACUCAGCUGGGUAUGUUGGUGGAAAACAUUGAUGAAGUCAUUCAUGUAGAUGUUGAAGAUGUGAAUGAAUGUUCACACACUGAACUGAAAGGAUGUUCUUUAAAUGCAUAUUGCUCCAACACAGUGGGCUCCUAUGACUGUGAAUGUAUUCAUGGGUACACUGAAACAGAGCAGGGUAAAAAAGGAGCAAAUUGCAUAGAUGCUGAUGAAUGUAAAACUGGUAAAAAUGACUGCAGUCCACAUGCUGAUUGCGAGAAUAUGAUUGGUGGAUACAACUGCAUGUGUAAAAAGGGUUUCAAUGACACAGACCCAGGCUAUCCAGGAAGAAACUGCACAGAUAUAAAUGAAUGUAAAACUGGCAAACACAGUUGUUGUCCUAAUGCGAUCUGUGAGAACACUGAAGGUGGAUACAAUUGUUUUUGUAUGCAUGGAUACAAAGACAUUGACUCCAGUAACACAGGAAUGAAAUGUGAAGACAUAAACGAAUGUGAGAGUAUGAACCACACUUGUAGCCCUUUUGCAGUCUGUAAUAACACAAUUGGAGGAUAUCACUGCUCUUGUAAAAGUGGCUUUACCGAUGAGGAUGCUAACAACCCAGGGAAGUACUGCAAAGAUAUAAAUGAAUGUGAAAUGGGAAACAACACCUGCAGUCCUCAUGGGACUUGCCAAAAUAUGAUGGGCGAAUACUCUUGUUCUUGUAAAACUGGCUUCAUUGACAAAGACCCCACUAACCCUGGAAGAAAGUGUGAAGUAAUUAAGGAGUGUAUGUCUGGAGAAAACACCUGUUGUCCUGGGACAAGCUGCCAGAACGCCAGUGAAGGAAUCAACUGUUCUGAUCCAUUACCAGUGAAAGACUUAACUUUUUUAAACAUCACUAAAUCCUCUUUUCAUGCAACCUGGUCUGCUGAUCCCAAAGUUAGUUACAUAUUUGAGGUGACGUUAUUGAAGAACCAGAAGGAAAUCAAUGCAACUAUAACUGCUCUACAAGAAUGGCUUGCUACUGACCUGGAGCCAGGAACUCUCUAUACAUUAAGGGUUGUGGCCACACUGUGUGGACGGGCAAGCAAAGCCACAGAAUCAAGUAUAACAACAGAGGCCAUACUGUAAGUACCGAGCAGUCAUUGAAGCCCCCGCCACAAACCGACAACUAGGACGUGAUUAUUUUCCUGAGGACAA